AUGAAUUACAUAGUUGUACUAAUGCAAUUUGACCAAAUAGAGGUUCCCCUGAAGAUUCUCGCUCACAACAACCUGAUUGGCCGCAUCAUCGGAAAAGGAGGAACAACCAUCAAGAAAAUCAUGGAUGACACUAGCACCAAGAUCACCGUCUCCAGUAUCAAUGAUAUCAAUAGCUUCAACUUAGAGAGAAUCAUUACUAUAAAGGGUAAUAUUGAAGAUAUAGCACAGGCUGAGAACAUGAUCAGUUCUCGCCUCAGGAACAGUUACGAGAGCGACUUGCAAGCCUUUGCUCAGAGUGCCAUGUUUCCUGGCCUGCAUCCGAUGGCCAUGAUGUCAACAGUAGGUUUUGGCCUUCCUCGAGGUGGUGCAGCUGGUAGUAUGGGCAUGUAUGGUUCUUCUCCUGCUUCCUAUCCACCACUUUAUCCCACGCCUAUUCCUGGCCAGCAAGGCUCUCACGCUUCAGAGGUAUGCGAGGAAAUGGCAUAUCUAUACAUCCCUAAUUCUGCUGUUGGUGCCAUUAUUGGGACUAAGGGGUCACAUAUCCGUAACAUUAUCCGAUUUAGUGGAGCAUCCGUAAAGAUUGCCCCACUUGAGGAUGAUGGGCGACCCACGGAGCAGACGGAAAGAAAAGUAACCAUAGUAGGAACACCAGAAGCUCAGUGGAAAGCACAGUUCCUGAUCUUGAGAAGAUUCGUGAAGAGGGCUAUGGUGUAGGAGUGGAGGGAUGUACGACUAACUGUAGAGAUUAUUGUACCGUCAUCACAGGUUGGACGCAUAAUUGGUAAAGGUGGUCAAAAUGUACGUGAUCUACAGCGCCAGACAGGUUCGGUGAUUAAGCUUCCCCAACAAGGAACCACAACUUCAGAAGAAACAACCGUCCACAUCUUAGGCCCCUUCUUCUCUGUACAGUCAGCCCAGCGUCGCAUCAGAGCUAUCAUCCAGAUGUCAACCGCCCCCAGCAGCGGGAGGGGCAGUCGCGGACCCACAACAUCACGGGUGCAGUGAGGUCACGAC